AUGAUCAGCAAAGUGCAACCCUCGGUACUCAUUAUUGGCUGCGGCCCAGCAGGCCUGGGAGCCAUUGAGCAGUUCAAGCGUAAAGGGUUUGAUGUUGUGGCAUACGAGGCCCGCGACAGUGUAGGGGGUCUCUGGAACUUUGAUCCGACUCCGCCGCCUUGCCAUGUCUCCUUCGAUGAGGAUGGUCAUGCCGUCGCUCUGACGGACCUGGAACGGGCUGGUAAGCCAGCACCAGCUCCAACACCUAUGUAUGCUGGUGUUACCGCCAAUACGCCUAGGGAUAUCAUGCCCUAUCGCUCUCACCCGUAUUCCAAAGAUACAGCGGAGUCUCCAACCUACAAAGUCAUCUACCAGUAUCAACAACAACACGCUAGCAAAUAUGCCGACCACAUUCAACUCAAUCGCGUGGUGACUCGAGUGCGACAUACACCUGAUUACCAUCCUUCAAGUAAACGAUGGCUCGUAGAAUGGACGCCAUCAGUUACCAGCAAGUCCUCCAAUGUGGGAAUGACCUUUGAGGAAGACUUCGACCAUGUUGUUGUGGCCAACGGGUCAGAUUCGAGGCCCUUCAUCCCGCAGGCGGAAGCGUUUGCUGGAAAGACCGUUAUGGUCGUGGGUGCGGGACCCUCGAGUGCGGACAUCGUGCGAGAGCUUGGUAUGCUUUGUGUUGAGCAGUCGCCUUUAGCGCCACGCAAAGUGUAUCGUUCUCUCCGAGUCAAGCCUCGUUAUGACACCGAAAACGAGAAAGGAUGGGGCAAGCACAUCAACAACGUUGCUGCACCAUUCCGUACCGUCGAGCCACCGUCCGCCAACUCUGCCACCGGCAGAAUCACCACCGCCAAGGGGGAGGUUCUGGACGAUGUGGACGUGAUCAUAUUCGCCACUGGUUUCGUGUUCCGCUUUGAGUUCUGCCACCCUACAGAUGCACCUUUCGACAAAGCACCCCUACUGAGGAGGUCUUGUGUUCCUCCCGAGGCUCGCCGGCCACCAAAGGACAUGGUUGGUCAGGCUACUUUGCAGGGCGGACACCGCGUUCAUAACCUCGACGCUCACCAGAUCUUCUACCUCCCAGAUCCGACAUUGGCAUUCUUACUGCUCCACGCAGAAGCCAUCCCCUGGCCGUUCUCCGAGAUGCAAGCACGUGUAGUAGCGUCGUACUGGUCGGGCACGCCACUCCAGCUGACGCCUCAUCCGGAAGAGGACUCGGAUUCUCAUUCUAUCUUGAUCCUUGGCCAUCCCGGAGAGUUCCAAUAUGCUGAGAAGAUGCUGAAGUUAAUCGGCGAAGGAGGACCAGAGGAAGUUGACGCCGAAGGACGAUGGGGAGCUUGGCCCGCGUGGAAGCAGCAUAUUCGGGAGCUUAUCGACUAG